AUGGCGAACUGGAUAGACCCCUUCACGUACAACACCCUCUCCCACCCGACCACCGUCCAAACCACAAUCCACGCCCAAGCCGUCUUCUCCAAGUUCGACACAACGGGACGGUUCAUCGCAACAGCUACAGCGCGUCCACAGGAAGGCCUAGCCGUCGUAUGGGAUCUCCAAACUCGCAAUUCGAUUCGCUUCCUGGAUGGACAUGUUAAACCUGUUACGAGCAUCGAUUGGUCUAGGAAUUCGAGAUAUGUCUUGACGUCGUCGAAGGACUGGAAUGUUAUUGUAUGGGAUUUGGCCUCGUCUUGCGACCCUCCACAGCGGCACCGUACGCUACGGUUCGACGCUCCCGUAGUCUCAGCAUCUUUCCACCCAAAGAACAGUCGAAUCAUACUGGUGCUUCUAACAACGGGUGAAGCCUUCCUCUGCGACACACGCAAGGAAACGCGGUCGAGAACGCCAUUGAAGGAAGUUACGGUGGAUGAUAGCGACGAUGAUGAAGACGAGCCGUCCUCGCGUGCAAGGUCCUACAUGACAGUCGCUCGCUUCAACCCCUCCGGCAAACACAUCUUCAUCGGAACGUCCACGGGGACACUACUCGUAUUCCGUACAAGAACCAAGACGAUGAUAGCCCGCCACAAAAUCGCCGGCGCAAACGUGAUCAAAGGUCUCGAAUUCAGAAAAAACGGACGAGAACUAGUGACCAACUCCUCCGACCGUACACUCCGACAAUUCAUCGUACCCACCUACCCCUCCGACGACUCCGAGCCCUCCAACCCAUCAACGUCCACACCCUCCUCCAGCACCUCCCCCUCCACGCCCACACCCACGCCCACCAAGAUCAUCGAACAAGACCUAGAACCAACACACCGCUUCCACGACCCUAUCAACAAGACCGCCUGGCACGCCAUGGCCUGCAGCGGGGACGGCGACUGGUUGGCUGGUGGUGCGGCGGAUCCUGCUGCCCAUAAGAUUUAUGUAUGGGAUUUGUCGAAUGAUGGGCAGUAUACUGCUACGUUGGAUGGUGGGAGGGAGCCGUUGACGCAUUUACAUUGGCACCCGAAGAAAUCGAUCAUAGCAUCCACGACGAAUAUCGGGAACGUGCUCAUUUGGCACUCGCCUCAUCCGGAGCGGUGGGGCGCGUUUGCGGGAGGAUUCGAAGAAGUGGACGAGAACGUCGAGUAUGAGGAACGGGAGGACGAAUUUGAUAUCGAAGACGAAGAAACCAUCCUCGAACGUAAAAUGAAAGCUGAAGAAGACAAAGUGGAUAUCGAAACGAUGAUCAUCUCGCCUCCUACGAGUGGGGAUAUAGCCGGGUCCAUGAUAGCCGCUGCCGCGGCUACUGGGGAUGCCAAUGGGAAUGGGACCAUCGCACAGAGGAUUAUGGGUGGUGGUGGUGGAUCGAACAACGGAAACGGGGAAAGCAGCGGGAAGACGACGGCCUCGAACGAAGGAGGCACGUCGAAACCGCCUAAUGGCGACCCGACCACUUCCACCACCAGUACCUCUGAGCUUAGGCCGACCUCUGUCCCGCCACAGCAGCAAGCGGAGGUUGACCCUGAUACGCUUUGGGCCAUGGAAGACCCAGACGAUGAUAUACCCAGUUUGUGGAGGAUGAAGAUUAUCAUGGAGGAUGACGAGGGUGAUGAAUAG